CAGUUGCCAGAAGCAGCGCAGUUCAUUUUCACGCUGAGUCUCUCACAGAGAGCUUCAUGGAUUUUUGGGGGCAGCCAAGAGGGUCUGGGGCCUGUAACUUCUUAGGAGUCCCAGUCCUCAGCUCCUGGGACGUGGACGAUGAUGAGGGCGAGGUGGUCAUCGGCAUCAGGCCAAAAUCCUCUCCUCUCCCACGGAGAAAGAGCUCUGUGUCUGAUGAGGACUCGGAGCCUGAGCCUCCCAUGUGUGGCUCCAGGAGAGUUUCCUUCGCAGAUGCCAAAGGCCUCAAUUUGGUUCAAGUGAAGGAGUUCGACACGUGGGACGUGCCCAAACUGCCAGGAUACGACACAUCUGAUGGGGAAGGCAAUGAUGAAGAUGAAUACAUUCUUUCACCUCUUAAUUUUUCCCUCCCGUUAUUAACCGAGGAGCUACUGACCAAGGUCCAGGAGCAGAAAGUAGAGCUGGAAAAAAUUGAGUUACUUCCAGGGACCACAAUAGUAAAAGGGGUGGUGCGCGUCCUCAACAUCUCCUUCACUAAGGCGAUAUAUGUUCGAACAACUUUGGACUGCUGGUCCAGCCACUUUGACCUCCUGGCUGAGUACAUCCCUGGUUCCAGCGAUGGGCUGACGGACUGUUUCUCAUUCACGCUCACUUUGUGGCCUCCAUUUCGGGACGAGGGGGCCAGAGUUGACUUUUGUCUGCGGUAUGAAACACCUGUGGGGACGUUCUGGGCCAACAACGCCAACAAGAACUACGUCCUGUCAUGUUUCCGCAGAACAAAGGAAAACGAUCAGCCACAGAAGGAAAAAGUGAACAAGAAAAGCUGCCUCAAGACAGCCAGUUCGAACUCCAGCGUGGAAAACAGUUCAGGAAAGGAGUCGUCAACACAGGGAAAUAUUGCAGCAGAUGUGUCCAACAGUGGACUAGAGGGUGACACUUUGAAAUCUAAGAAUGAUCAGUCAGGAAUGUCAGAGGAACAUGGACAGAAAUUACUGAUUGAGAGCGGAGUAAACGACAGCCAAAGGAGUUGCAGAAAGGCUGCACGGAUGGCCCGGGUGAGGGACUACUUUGCUCAAAGAAACGGAGACGCCAACAACGCAGAUAGAGACGAAUCACCUCCAGGGGUACCACAGGCAGCUCGAGAAGAAACCCCAAAGGAAAGCCAUACAGAUGUGCAACUGUUUGCUGAGAGCAACCGCAAACCAGAAGGUUCCCAAGCAAAGUGCAGCAAACCCCUCCUCAGUGUUUCACAUGUUUUGUCACCAGCACUUGACCGAACGUCUGAGAACGAGCCAGAGAAAUCUGAGAGCAUUGCUUUGGCUGCCUCAGUCACAUUAGCAGAAGGUGAGAGUGCCACGGACAUCCAAGAUGACCUGUUUGAUAAUUUUGCUCAAGCAGAACAGCAACAUACCAAAUCUCAGGACAGUAGUCAGGAGGCAGACAUGGGUCAUGAAUACAUUAGCAGAACAGCAGUGAGAAAUGAAAGUCUUGUUGGCCAGACCAGCAGCUUCACAUUUGGCACUGUGGUGGCUCCGCUGUAUCACCAGGUGUUUGGCAGAGUGGGAAGUGAAAGUCAGAGAGGAGCUGGCUGGGAAAAUCCUGCACGGGCUACACUGAAUAUUGGAGGCUUACAUCCUCACACUGGCAUGAGACAGAUUAGUUGCACUGUUUCAACAGAUAUUAAAAGUAACAAUAGUAAAGCACUUCGAAAUGUGAUUAAUAACCAGAAAUCAAACCAGGAAUGCACAGACAUAGCACCAUGCAAUAAUCGUGUUGAAGAAGAAGAAGAAGAAGAAGAAGAAGAAGAAGAAGAAGCAAGUUUAAGUCUGACAUUAAAUGCAGAGACUCUGCAGGUUCUGGCUGGGACUGAAAAUACAGACGGGAGAUGCACAAGCACACUUAAGGGUUCACAAACUUGUUUAGAAGACACAUUAAGCUGUCCUGAGACUGUAAACAUUUUAUCGCAAGCAGAUUUGUUGAAUCCACAAAUACCGGCUGAGAGUUUAUAUCCCUGGGGAGAAGCACAGGAAGACAGUGUAACACAUGACCCCCAAGGCCAAAUUACAGCAGAAACAACACAGUGUCCACUCCCAGGGAAUCCAUGUACACAUGAUAAAACUAAUCUGGAUGAAACGCACGCAAAAAGCGAUACACAUGAAGUCAGGACCAGUCCGCAAACAUCAUUUGUAAAACUUGAAAGCUCUGGGGACCUGCUGGGACAUGUUAAUGAAGAACCUGACCAACAGAGCGCCGACUUAGAAGAAAAAUGCCAUGAAUGUGAGUUAAUCAAAGCUCUGUGUCCUGGUAACGCAUCUUUUAGUGAGGUUAAACCAUGUGAAGACUUGCAUAAGUUGAAUUUGCACCACAAUGACAAUUCAGUUACAAAAGCAACUGUUCCUGACUGCAAACUUGUGGAGAAAUCAGAUUUCACAACACCCGAGACACUUCUGGAAGCUCGAGGAGAAACUAACAACAUGGGAGAAGGCAGUAAAAUGACACACGGCUCACUCAAAGAUGAAUCAAAAUCCUCUGGUGAAACUGAGGUAACAGGGGAGUUGGCUGAAUGUGUGACUACAGAGACACAGGAAAAAACAGAGCAUUGCAAAAUCAAAGCUAAGGAGGAGGCUCUCUGUUUAGGAGAAAUCACUGAAGUGAAGGACUGGGAAAUGAUGGUUAAAGAAGAAGAAAACAACAUUUUAAUACACGAAGAAGAAAGGGAGAUAGUAUAUUUAAAUCCGGGCGUCUGUGAAGUAAGAGAAAAAGAAAUUGCAAAUGAGGAAUUUGUCAAGGCGAGGGCAGUGACAGGAGUAGAAGAGGACAGCGAAACAAUCGGAGAGGCUAUCGCUGGAGAAGAUGGUGCCAGUACUGAGGUAGAAUGUGCUCAAGUCAUAAAGAUGAACAAAACAGGUGGAAGGGAAGAAUUAACUGAGGAGAACCAAGUACAAGAAACAGAGGGACCAGUAGAGACAGAGCUGCACACAAAAAAACACUUUGCAGGAAAAGAGGUCAGUAUUGAAUGGGCACACAUCCAAGAAAACGAGGAGAUAAAGGGAGAUGGGAAAAUAAACGUGAAUAAGGAAGGUGAAGGCAGAGCAGAGCGGGAGAAAGAACCAAAGGAGGGAAACGGAGAGGAGCUGGAUCCACGUUACGAAUUCCUAAAUUACAGAGCAGCAGAGGCGGAGCUUGUAGAAUCACAUUCACGUGUGGCGAAACAGGAACAAAAAGAUCCAGAACUGUGUUUGGAAGAGAAGUUAGAAAUUACAGGAAGCAAGGAUGGAGAGGUUUUAUCUGCUCUGGUGCACAGUGGGCUGAAGGGUGGCGACGAGAGCGUACCAGUGAAAGAAAAUAUAGGAGAAGAGCAAAGUGCACACAUUCAAACUGAAAAACAAUGUCUUCACACCACAAAAGCUCAGUCAGAAGAUGGAAAUGGUUGUGCUUCUGCAGAGGGGGGCGCUUUAACGGAUGAACCUGAAAGUGAUCAAACAAGCCAGGACAGCGCUUCGGCAGAGUCGGACUCGGGCGAUGAGGUGGAGCUGUACAUGCACUGCCUGAGGGCCGUCGGCACAGGAGGAUGGUCCCACGAAGACAAGAGCACUGUGAGCAAAAGGCCCCGUCUAAGCAGAACCAAACUGCUGUCUGCCACUAUGCCGCCCAUCACUGAAUAUCACGAUGAAGAACAACACCUCAGUUGCCUUCAGGAGAAGCUUGAAGACAGCAAUGCCGCUGUUUCCCCUGCAGAGGAGCGCAUGGGUCAGAGUGUUUUGUCCUGGACAGACACGUUUUCCUGUAGCAAUAUUGCAAAAUCACUGCUAUAUGCAACCCUGCUGGUGGUGUUUUUAGUUGUGACAUACCAUUAUGACUUUUUUGCCUGUUUGGGCCUCUACUUGAUAUCUCUGGUUUGGCUCUGCUGCCGAGAAGAGAAGUAACCAGUUAAAAAUGACAACACAAUGGGCUGAAUUAAAAUGUAAUAAUAAUAAUAAAAAAAACAAUAUGUUUGAUUUUAAAGGUUUUCAGAGUGUACAUGGUACUGAUGUGAUACCCAAUUCUUCUUCCAGUGAUGACUAAUGCAUGAUUUAGACUGAUUUUUGCAGGAGAUCUAUGCUGUUACUUAUACUGUAAACUCCUUUAACCCUGCACCAUAACCUUCCGCGCAACCUGCUGCAAGCCCACCGAAAUGUAACUACAUGUCGGGGUGUCGCAGCAUCGACUCGAACAGCGUGGAUGGAUGUGGCGUAGGGGGAAAAGGGGCUUCCGGUUACAUCGUGAGUUAGGAAGUAGAUUUCCAGCAGAAGUCCAAAUUAAGCUCAAGAAGACACAGUUAGGCAGAUAUCACACACAUUUGCUGUCAUAAGUCAUUAUUCUCAAUGCUUCACUGUACAUAAAACCUACAUUACAAUGAUUACAUUGAUCAGUUCUGCAGCUUUUUCAAGGUGAAAUACACUACUCACUGAAGCUAAUGAGAAUGUUUAAUUUUAAUUUUAAUUUUUCGAUCAUGCUUUAAAAAAAUGAAAUAUUUUUCUGGUAUACUACAUUUAUUUUUUAGUGUAGAUGUCAUGCGCAUGUUUUUUGUUUUUAGGUGUAGCCCUAAAAUCAGUAUCCAUGUGCAGGUUCAUCCAGGUCAGGGUAGUCUUGAGAGACUAAGGAAAGGAAGGAAAUUGGAUUUCUUUGGGUUUGUGAUGAUGUUUUUCUAAUCAUCCAAGAGGCUUCUUCGGUUCUAAAAAAUGGUAGAGGGUCCAAGUAUUUAGACUCUGGUAAAAGGUAUGAGUCAUUACUGUUACCAGGGAUUAAGGGCUGAAACCACUACGAGACCUUUCCCCAAUCCAUCAUGUGACCGACUGAGGUCACCUGAGGUGAGGUAAAUGGUUCUUAAAUGGUGCUUUUCUGCUCAAGCUAUCAAAACACCGUAUGCCACACCCAUUCACACACACACAUGAUACUGAGUUACAUCACUUUUUUCCUGCAUCUAAGUGCUUUUUAACUAACAUUUACAGUCCAGUGAACGCACUCAGCGUUUAGUAUCUUCUUUGGCCAGGUCACACUCACCCCAAUGGUUUGAGUGGGGUCAUUGAAGUUCCUGGGAUGAAUGAAUAAACCCAGAUAGAAAUCAAGUCACUUGGACCCAUAACUUUUGUUUUCAACUUUGACUUUUAGCUGUGCAAGCUGAACACAGCUGCUGUAUGACUUCAGGGAAAAAAGGAUUAGCGUUCCCUUUUAAAAAGAAACACCAUAACAUUUAUAAGCCGGACACACAAAAGGUAUAAACAGGGGCUUCUUUUUGAUUUGAAGUGUUUCUAAAUAAAGACAGGAUGGUUCCGAGGUAUCAUGUGAAACACGUUGUAAUGCUGUCUUUUGUCUGGAAGCUCACUGACUUUGUUUAGUUUGCAGCCAUGAAACUACCCAGUUAGUUGACCUAAAAAGGUGUUUCUCUCAGAAGUAAACCCUUUAGAGCAAUAGCAAUGCAGUUUUAUUAGCUUGGCUGACAUGUUGACUAAACCCUAUACCUCUUGGAUUGUUUAAUAACUUUUACAAAGUGAAAGAUAGUCAGGCAACUGUCGUCUUUGUCAGACUAACAGGUGCCUAUCUGACCUCUUUUUAGGUGUUUUUACUUGGAUACAAUGAUAAAUCAAAUGUGCCGUGAGAAUGGGGAUAAUGCAUUUUUAAAAGUUCGUUUCAUUAGAAAUACUAGCAUUAAAAAUUUUAUAUAUAUAUAUAUAUAUUUCUAUUGUGUAUUGUGUGAGCCACACUUUAUGAAGCAUAGAAUUGCUUUAGAAGCAAAGGGAAAUCAAAUUGAUACAAUAAAAAUCAUUUAAACCGAGAUGAGACGCAAUUUAAUAAAUUGUAACUCAUAGGGCCAUUUUUUCCUCCACCAAAAUAUUAGUACAUGUCUCGGGUUCCACAAUACAUCUAAUAAGCAUAUCUCCAGCUAAAUAAACAGUGCCUUAGCCACCAUGUGAUGUGUGAUAUUUUGGGAGAGAGAAAUACUUCACUGUCAGAGGGUUUAAGAAUUUAUAACUACAACAAAAGUUUAAAUAAAGCUACAGCUGUCCUCACUUCACAUGAAAUCUGUGUUUAAACUGCAAAUAAAUAGACACCCUCUCCAGACACUUCAUAAAGUACACUGUACUAAAAUCAGGUUGGACUCCCCUUAUCCCUUCAGAGCUGCCUCAAUUCACAGAUUCAACAAGGUGCUGGAAACACUGCUCAGAUAGUUUGGUCCCUAUUAACAUAGCGUCACACAGUUAGUGUGGAUUUGUUGGCUGCAUAUCUAUGAUGUGAAUAUUCUGUUGCACGCUCUAUUGGACAUAGAUCUGGUAACUGUGGACGCCAUCUGAGGUCAGUGAACUCACUGUCAUGUUCAAGAAGCUGGUUUAUAAUUAUUUGAGCUUUGAGCUCUAUUAUCCUGCUGGAAGCGUCCACUGGAAAAUAGGAAUACUGUGGUCAUAAAGGGACGGACAUGAUCAGCCACACACAACAGGAAGGCAUCUAAAAUUUUAUUCAUGUUGUAGAAUGUAGUCCCUGUGAUAAAACUGUAGAUUUCUAAUAUUUGUUAUUACCUCGAGUCCAUGUGGACAUGGUUCUGCUGAACACAGAUGUAAUAAGUCCACUACCAAUGUGGAUUUAGUGACUAUUUUAUUUUCAUUGGGGUUACACAGUGUCCACCGUAAGGCAUUACCUCAUAUUCUGAAAUGACUGAACAUGCAGUUAAUAAUAGAUGUUGUCCUGCAAACAGCAUUGACAUAUAUGGUAUUUAACUUUUUCCCCUGUUGUUCAGACAGUGUCAGAUUGUUUUCAUUAGCCAGAGUCAAAUUACCAUCUCAGACUAUAAUGCUCUCCAUCAGGAUUUUCCAAGCCAAUUUCCAGAAACAAUAACCAUGGAUUGGCAUCACUUGUGGGUUUUCAAAUUCUUAGCCUAUUUUAGAAAACAUUGCAUCAUCUUUUCAAAGGUUUAAUAUCUGUACAGCUUUAGAAAUGAUCCUUCUUACACUAUCCCAUUUAACAGGACAGAACAUCCUCUCCAGUCACCCUGUCUUAAAUCAUGAUGGGGGUUGGAGGCGGGGGACUAGAUCCUAUAUAUGGGUCUGUUAUAAUAUAAAAAUCGUUUGGCUUCAUGCAAAGAAGGGAAAUGAUAUAUAAGGAUGGCACGUUGAACUAUGUUCACAGUGAGAUAUUUCUGGAAGUGCUCCUGAGCUUGUGCAAUGAUUUACAUGACAGUGCUGCCAUAGAGCAUCCAGUUUUGAUUUUCAGCCUCUUCCCUUGCACACAGAGAUUUCUCCAGAGUCUCAUCACCUGUUGGUGACACUGUAUUGUGAUAAUGAUGACGUUGAUGUCAUUUUGCAUAAUAUGCAGUGUCCCAACUUUUUCAGAACAAGGUUUGUAUACAUAAUGCUAGCAAAUUUAUUUUACAGGAAGGGCUUCCAGUAGUUUCUUCAACACAUGUCCAAUAUUUUAAUUGGAGAACUAAUAAAAGAAAGCAAACAAUGACAAAAACACACAAAAAGUUAUUCAGUUCAGUGGGAUAUUGUCUAAGAACAUACAUUUUUUGUAAUAUACUAUCUUUGAAUAGUUUUAGGGUUUAAACGAAUAAAUCAGUUGGCUAAAAAAAACAAAGUUUAGUUUUCUUUUGUAGAUAAAAACUUUUGCAAAACACAAAACAACACUGUCUGAUGUGUUGUUUACGAUUUUUCAGCAAUUUACAGAUUUCCAAAUGCACUUGAACGCU